AUGGGAACUCUUAUAGGCCACGUGGCCACCGGAUUUGGCUUCUUUGUCAUUGGAUUAUGGCACCUAGUCAACCACAUCAAACUCCACGCCCUUAACCCCAAAUCCUACUCAUCUUCAUCACCCUGGUUUCCAACUUCAAGAAUCAGGUAUUUGGAGCUCUACCUAAUCAUGCUGUCUUGCUCCAUCUCCAUAUCCAUGGAGCUCUUCAUCGGGCCCGACCGACACCAACCCCUCGACCUCGAUUGGACCAUCCCUUCUAAUCACCUCCAUAACUUUGAACACUCAAAUAUUUCCCUCUCUUUUUUCAUCUAUGCUUUCUUCUCCAUCUUAUUAGAUAAACUCGCCUUGCCCGCCCAAUACGAGUUGACCAACUUGCUAGGUGCAAUGGCUUUCGGUCAACAACUCCUCCUCUUCCACCUCCACUCGGCCGAUCACAUGGGGGUCGAGGGCCAGUACCAUUGGCUACUACAAAUCGCUAUCUUUAUAUCGUUUGUGACGACAAUAUUGGAAAUUAGUUACCCCACUAGUUUCUUGAAUAGCUUUGUGAGGUCACUUAGCAUAGUGUUUCAAGGGGUUUGGCUUGUGGUCAUGGGCUUCAUGUUGUGGACCCCUACUCUAAUACCUAAGGGUUGCUUCAUGAAUUUGGAGGAGGGUCAUAGGGUGGUCCGGUGUCACGGGGAGGAGGCUUUAGAGCGUGCUAGAGCGCUAGCCAACAUUCAAUUCAGUUGGUGCGUUAUAGGGGUGAUGAUUUUUGCCUUGGCGUGUUAUGCGGCCAUAGUCAAGUUAUACUCUGAAAAAGUCGAGUAUAGGUAUUUAUCGAAAGAAGAGGAAAAGGAUGAUGAUCUUGAUGAAAAUGAUGAUGAUGUUGAGGCGCAAAAGAAGGCCAACGGUAAGAAGAUGGAGCAGCCUACGUCUUUUCUUCAAAUUGGGAAGUCGAUUGUUCCGGUGGAUAUUGAAAGGUAG